GGCAUGGAAGAAUGGAAAUUAUCUGAUGAGGAAAGAGUGCAUCAUGCUGAAUUGUAUAAAGCUAAGGGAACAAAAUACUUCUCAAAACAAAAUUUUUCUUUAGCGACUAAAAUGUACAAAAAGGCUACAGAUAUUAUUUCAGAAAUUGAUAAUGGGAACUCAAAAAAACUGAAGAUAGCUUUGAACAGCAAUAUAGCUUUAUGUUACCAGAAAACGAAUGAUUACUUUGAAGGCAAGCAAGCAUGCAAUGAAGCUCUCAAAUUGGAUCCCAUUAACAUCAAAGCACUUUACCGUCGUGGGCAAUGUAAUGUUGCUAUAAACGAUUUUAAAGAAGCCUUAGAUGAUUUUCAAAAAGUAAUAGACUUGGAACCUACCAACAAAGCUGCUAUAAACCAAAUACAAAUUUGCAAACAAAAAAUUAGAGAAGCCAACGACAAAGAGAGAAAGAUUUAUGCCAACAUGUUCAAAAAGUUAUCAGCUGCCGACAAAGAG